AUGAGCGUCGACGCUAGUCGUGCUACCCGGUUGACGAAGGUCUUCAACAACGCCUGCAAAGGGCAGAAGCUCAGCGGACUGGCUUAUGUGCACUUCUUGCAGGCUAUAUGCGUCCAGCCGUCACCGGCGACGUGUCUCAAUGCGAUCGUGACAUCGCCCAAUGGGAUCACAACGUUCAAAAACGCGAUUUGCUCCGACAUAUCGCCCGUGUUCUGCAACGGGCUCGGAGCAGAAGUCUUGGCCUAUUUCUCGUCUCCGGACCUCACCGCCAUCGCUGGAGGUGAUUUCCUGAGACGAGUUUGCGAGGCAGUGGUGGAUCCACCCGUAUUUUGGGACUCAUUCAUCACGGCAUUCAAGAACGGCAAUUUGCAAGUGAAGGCUCAGCGUACAUUCGCAACGUUUUUGCUACGCCUUCUUGAGAUCCUCCUUCCGGAUGCAGUCGCGUCCUACCGCGAACUCGCACGCGACCCCGAUAUCAUCACUCCUUUACUCAACUCCCCCGAAGCAGACAUUCAUGACGUUGCCGCGAGGAUUAAAGCCAUCGCCGAUCCCUUCGACAUCGGUUUCUCGGCCGCAAGGACACAGGAUGGUCCAGGUGGGAGGCAUGAUAACGAUAAAGUUGAUUUCCGCCGGAUAGCCAUCGUUCCGACUAUACAGGAGAUCCGAUGCAAGAAGAUGCCUUUCCUUCGGGCUAGCGACGAGCUCGAGGAUCCAGUGACGAAGAAGACACGACUUUUGGACUAUCUUGAUAGUCAAUUUCGACUACUUAGGGAGGACAUGCUCUACGAGGUGCGCGAGGAGCUGAAUACGCACUUGAACCAGAAGCGCAUGAAUUCCUGCGCCAUCGACUUCCUGGCCCUAGACGACGUCCGUUACGAACCUCGGAGUAGGGACCCCCGGCGGUAUCCUUGGGCCAUCUGUUUGAGCAGCAUUGUUGAUUUUCCACAACUCGCGAGGGUACAUAACGACUAUCAUGCGCGCAAGCGUUGGCUCGAUGAUAAGAAAAAUCGAAACUUCAUCAAGCACCAGUCUUCUGUGUUGCUGAAAGUGGACGACGAACUGCUCACGCUCGCCAACAUCCAUCGCGACGUAGAUUACCUCGCUCUGAACCCUCCCGUCAUCAUCCUCCAGAUUCAAGGCGCUGCCAACAUAUCCCGUGCGCUACUGAGGCUCAAACUUGCCAAACGAAUCUCCAUCGUACCUGUAUUCCUCCCGUUAUUCGCGUACGAACCUGUCCUCAAAGCCAUCCAGCACACGUCACACAUUCCGCUUGAAGAAGAACUUCUAAAUUGGUCGCCGUCCGAUCCGCCGAGUCUGGUAGACAACGGCACGGAGAGUCUGGUGGAUGCCUUGCUCAGAAACCCUACCAGAGAUUUGAGAACGAUCCUUGAUAUUCCGAUUAGCGUCCGCCUUGAUAAGUCUCAGGUCGAUUCGCUCAUUCUUGGCCUUACCCAAAAGGUCUCCCUGAUUCAAGGUCCUCCUGGGACCGGGAAGUCGUUCAUAGGCGCUCUCCUCGCCAAGUCUCUCUACGACUUCUCCAGUGGCAAGAUCUUGGUCGUCUGCUAUACCAACCACGCCUUGGAUCAGUUCCUCGAGGAUCUCAUGAAAAUUGGCAUACCGUCGUCCGAAAUGGUACGCCUCGGGAGCAAAUCAACUCCGGCCACGGAGCCGUUGCUUCUCCGCAACCAGGGAUAUUCUUAUCGACGCAGCCCUGACGAAUGGGAUACCAUUAAUUUUUACAAGGAACGGAUCGCGGACUGUGACUACGACCUAGAACAUGCCUCAUCGCAGUUUAUGAACACCACCUCCAGCCUCGAAGGCCUUCUGGAUUGUAUCGAGCUCCACGACGAACGGUUCUACGGUGCUUUCAGGAUCCCAGAACGCGUCGACGACAUGCGAGUCAUUGGGGUAAACAACAAGGCCGUUGACUCUGAGUACCUCAUACGACGGUGGGAUCAGGGUAAAGAUGCAGGCGUCUUCAGAAACGAGCCCAACGUCGUUGAGACGGCCGACGUCUGGCGCAUGUCGGUGCCUGCACGCCAAAACAAGUUGAAGAGCUGGCGGGAACGAGCGCUUCAGGAGCAAAUACACAAAAUUACGGACAUGGUGGAGAAGUACAACAUGUACGUUCGGGCCCUGGACUCGAUGUUUGCGGCAGGCAGGCAUGAGCCUCUACUCCAUGCUCGCAUCAUCGGUUGCACGACAACGGCAGCCGCUAUGUACCGGGAAGCUCUUUGUGAUGCUGGCCCAGAGGUGUUGCUGGUCGAAGAGGCUGGCGAAAUCCUGGAAUCACACGUGCUGACGGCUUUGUCGCCGAAGACGAAGCAACUCAUCUUGAUUGGUGACCACAAGCAAUUACGACCUAAAGUGAACAACUACUUGCUGACUGUAGAGAAGGGCGAAGGUUACGAUUUGAAUCGCUCGCUAUUCGAGCGUCUCAUCCUCAAAGGUUAUCCUCAUGAAGCGCUAAGCCAGCAACACCGAAUGAGGCCGGAGAUUUCGUCCCUUGUGCGAAACCUUAUGUAUCCAGAUCUCGUUGAUGCGCCUUCGACUUCCAGUCGUCCCGACCUCAGAGGCUUCCAAAGCAACAUCGUGUUCGUUCACCAUGAGCACCCGGAGGGGGAACUCAAGGACCUACAACCAGAGCAGCUGGGAUUGGAUGUCGGUCGCAAAUCGAGCAAGAUCAACCAUCACGAGGUUGAGAUGGUUCUCAAGAUCCUUCGAUAUAUUGAUCAACAGGGAUAUCGGAGGGAUGAAGUCGUCAUCCUUACGCCAUACCUAGGACAAUUGCGGGCGUUACAGACAGCUCUGAAGGACACAAAUGAUCCAGUACUUGCCGACCUCGACAACGCGGACAUGAUCAAAGCGGGUCUUAUCUCCUCCGUUGUUGGGGGAACGUCUAAAGCUCCUAUUCGGCUGGGUCAAUCCUUCACCUGUUAUCUAGACAAUUACCAAGGAGAAGAGAGCGACAUUGUCAUCGCCUGCCUAACCCGCAGUAAUGAUCGGAAUGACAUCGGGUUCAUGUUCGCCGAAGAAAGACUCAACGUCCUGCUUUCACGCGCCCGCAACGCGCUCAUUAUGAUAGGAAACUCAAACACGUUCCAGAACGCGCGGAAGGGCAAGGAGGCCUGGAAGAAUCUAUUUGAUUCCCUCAAAGCGAAAGGACACUUUUACGAUGGUGUGCCAAUCCAGUGCGAGCGCCACCCAUCGCACAAGAAGAUUCUUCGUGCCCCAGAGGAGUUCGACCAACACAGCCCCAACGGCGGAUGUCUGAAACUUUGGUGCGCGGGUACUAUCAGAUUGUUUUGCGAGGUCCGCGGACUGACCAUAAGUUCAGCGGAGCGGGGCUACGGUGCGGACACAAAUGCCCGUCUGCAUGCCACCACAUUGUCGACCAUUCGAAGGUGCCAUGCGAGAAGGUUUCAUCUUGGAAAUGCAAGGAAGGUCAUGUUGUGA